CGAAAACGAAAGUAGCAUUCGGAGAUCUAAAAUAACUUUGAUGAAAUAAUAAAUCAGUGUUGGAUAACUAUAAUCAUUUCGUAAGCAUUAUUCUUCUUAGACAGUAAUGAAACCCAAAGAAAACGAAGCCAAUGGAGCGGUUUCCUAUGCCGGUGAUAAAGAACGACGGACAUUGUUUUCUAAACAAAAUUUGAUACUUGAAUGUAAAAAAUAUGUUGCAGCCUUAAGACCAUGGUCUUUCACUGCAAGUUUUACACCAGUAGCAUUAGGGAGUACAUUAGCAUACAAAUCUACAGGAGACUUUAGUUUUGUCUCAUUCGUUAUAGCUUGUUUAACUGCUUUGUCAAUACACGCUGCAGGAAACCUUGUAAAUACCUAUUAUGAUUUCAUCCAAGGUAUAGACACAAAAUCAUCAGAUGAUCGGACACUUGUAGACAUGAUUUUGUCGCCACAAGAUGUUGCCAGACUUGGAGCUAUAUUUUACUUAUUCGGUUGUAUAGGGUUCCUCAUAUUAACACUCACAACAUCAGCUCGAAUGGAACAUUUGGCACUUGUGUACUUUGGGGGACUUUCCAGUAGUUUCUUAUAUACAGGAGGAUUCGGAUUGAAAUAUAUUGCUCUUGGAGAUAUACUAAUCAUAUUUACAUUUGGACCACUUUCUGUACUUUUUGCCUAUUUAUCACAGUGUGGUCAUUUAUCAUUAGUGCCAAUGUUAUACGCAAUACCUUUAGCUUUGAACACCGAGGCAAUUUUACAUUCAAACAAUGUGAGAGAUAUGGAUUCUGAUCAUCGAGCAGGAAUAGUGACUCUUGCAAUCCUGCUUGGAAAGACAGGGUCAUAUCUUCUAUUUACAGCAUUGCUUUUCAUUCCAUUUAUCAUAAUUGCUGUGAUGGGAAUGAACAUUUCAAAAUGGAUUUUCUUGCCGUUGCUUUGUAUAUUUCAAGCUUUUAACCUUGAACGAGAGUACAUGAAAGGAAAUCUCCAAAGACUGCCACAUGAUAUUGCCAAACUUAACUUGUUGAUGGGGACACUUUUUAUAUUGGGCAUUGCUUUAGCAGAUAGAUCUGUGUUUCAAAACCUUUAGAUAAUCAAACAAUUACUAUUAGGAGAUGUGAUUUUUCAUUGCUAAAAAUUUGUACAUGUACAAUUAAUAAGCAUUAUCAUACAUGUCAUAACAUCCAUCAUUACAAAAAAAUAUCAGCAUAAUUUUGUACAUGAAUUAUUAUUAUAAAUUUCUUGUAUUUCAUUUCUGGUUUUGUAUUUACAUGUGUAUGUAUUGUGCAAGAUGUAAAAAUGUUCAUGUAACUGUGUAUAAUGGAAAGUAAAAUUGAUUACGUUUGAUGCUAUUGAAUUUUAAAAGAAUCUGAGAGUGUUACAAGUAGAUAAAUUAUUAUUUGUUAUAUAUAAAGUUUACACAAUUUUAAUAUGAUAAUCAAUAAUAUUUUUUUGAGAAUUGAAAAUGAUAAGACAAGAGUGUUACAGUUUGUACACAUGUACAUUUAUUAUUGUACUUAAUACAUGUAGUCGAAAUUUAAAGGUGGACAGCAUCUAACAUACAUGUCUAAGUCUGUGGCAAAGACCGUACAGUGAUAUAGUUGUUAAUUUCUGUGUCAUUUUGGUCUCUUGUGGACAAUUGUUUCAUUGGCAUUCAUACCACAUCUUCUUUUUGAUAUCUAUAUAGUCACAUUAUUUUUACCUUGCAUAAUUCAAAAAAUAGUCUGCUUAUUUGUAUGAGUAAAUGACAACACUUUUCAUGCUUGUUUUUCAAACUGAGAGUAUACAAUUUGUUUGUAUUCAUCAGGUUCAUCAUGUUUAUAUAUAUAUAUAUAAUUCAAUGCAUGAUCAUGAAAUACUGUUGAUUUGUUUUGGUUUAUGAAUUUAAUUAUAUUCAGUAUCUUAUAAACAAUAACAUGAAUAAUCAUGAUAAUGUUUGCAUUUUCGAUUGCUUCAAUCAUAUUUUUAUUCAAUCACUUAAAGUUAAUUAAUUCCUGUGUACCUUUAUCAGUUUAUAAAAGUCCUUUAAUUUGAAACAUGUACAUGUGCAUGCCAUAUAAUACAUUUUUUGUACAAACAUGAACAAAAUGAGUACAAAAAUAUUAUAUUAGACAUCAUGUAAGAAGCUGUCUCUUAAGAUUUUACCACACAUGAUUUCUUUCUGUAUGUGAACUUUUCUUAUAUUUUAAUCUCAUCAUCACCAUAAUCACCAUCAUCACCAUGAUCACCAUCCAGAUUUUUUGUUUCAUUCUUACUUGUUUGAUAUAUCAUAAAAUAGAGAAUGGAAAUGGGGAAUGUGUCAAAGAGACAACAACCCGACCAUAGAGCAGACAACAGCAGUAGGUCACCAACAGGUCUUCAAUGUAGCAAGAAAUUCCCGCACCCAGAGGUGUCCCUUCAGCUGGUAUGAUGACACAUUUCAAACAUUGUUGAGAUCCUUGUAGGGCUUAUACAAUAUUGUACCAUGUAACAAUUUGCUGAGUGUACAAAUUUUUAAUUAGGCCCCAAAAAUAUAUAUACUUGCUUUCUUUAUGUUGGGUAUGUCGGUAGGUAAAACAUGUACAAAAUUAUAUCAAUUUACAAAUGAUUUACAAAAACUGUCUUGGGAAAAGUACUGUAAAUUUAGAAAUUAUUGCAAAGUUUUUAUUAUUGCGAGAAAUGCGAGAGAGUUGUAAACGCAAUAAUUUAAACCCGCAUUUUGAAAUAUUAAUUAUGAAUUAAACAGGAUUUUUCUCAAAAUUGUAAAUAUUUAAAAUUGUAUUUAAGUCUUAAAUGACACAAUCGCAAUAAUAAAUGCACGCAAUAAUUUCUGAAUCUACAGUAUUGUAAUUUAACAUUUUGUUGAAGGAUGUUUGACUAAAAAUGUCAAAUGGUGUAUAACUUAAAAUUUACAUAAUAUGUGUUAUUUACGUACAUUUAAAUGGUGUAACUAAAAAUCUAUAUAAACUGUGUUAGGGCCUGCAUUGCAAUUAAUUAUGUUUGUUCGGGUGGCUGGUUAUAUUCACACUUUAACUUUAAAAAAAAAUGUCAGCCUUACAACAUGUACAGAUUGUAUGAACUUUUAUUUUAUUUCAUUAUUUGAGAAUUUAUUUGUAUGUAACAUUUUUUAUGUACUGUGUUCCCAGAACUGACUUGCAUUGUUAACUGUCCAAAUGUAUUGUUUAAUUUAUUAAAAUUUAUGAGCUUGUGUA